UCCCUGCACCAGGUGACCUGUUCCGGCCCGGAUCCGGGCGGCCUCGCCAUGCAGCGGCGCGGCGCGGGGCUCGAGUGGCCACGGCGGCAGCAGCAGCAACAACCCCUGCCGCUCGCGGCCGGCCCCCGGGCCGCAGCCAUGGCCCCCCCGAGUGGCGGCGUCCCCCCGGGCCUCGGCGGGCGCCCUGCCUGCGCGCUGCUUCUGCUCUGCUACCUGAAUUUUGUACCAUCUUUGGGUAGGCAGACUUCCCUGACGACGUCGGUGAUACCCAGAGCUGAGCAGAGCGUGGCUUACGAAGACUUUAUUUAUUUCACUGUCUUUGAAGGAAAUGUUCGCAACGUUUCUGAAGUCUCGGUGGAGUAUUUAUGCUCUCAGCCUUGUGUUGUCAAUUUGGAAGCAGUGGUUUCAUCUGAGUUCAGAAGUAGCAUUCCCGUGUACAAAAAAAGGUGGAAGAAUGAGAAACAUCUUCACACCAGCAGGACACAAAUAGUACAUGUGAAAUUUCCAAGCAUCAUGGUUUAUAGAGAUGAUUAUUUCAUCAGACACUCCAUUUCGGUAUCUGUGGUGAUACUACGCGCCUGGAUUACUCACCGAUAUAGCGGUGGAGACUUGAAUGUUAAAUGGGAGGAAAACUUGCUACAUGCUGUAGCGAAGAAUUAUACCCUGCUGAAGACCAUCCCGCCUUUUGAACGCCCUUUCAAAGAUCAUCAGGUGUGCCUUGAGUGGAACAUGGGUUAUAUUUGGAACCUUCGAGCAAACAAGAUUCCCCAGUGUCCUCUCGAGAAUGAUGUGGUCACCCUCCUGGGCUUUCUCUUUGCCUCCAGUGGAGAAAACACAGGCAUUGUGAAGAAGUUCCCGAGAUUUCGGAAUCGAGAGCUAGAGGCCACCCGACGCCAGCGGAUAGAUUACCCAGUGUUUACUGUUUCACUGUGGCUUUAUUUACUCCAUUAUUGCAAGGCCAAUCUCUGUGGGAUUCUGUAUUUUGUUGAUUCUAACGAGAUGUACGGCACGCCUUCUGUAUUUCUUACUGAAGAGGGCCACUUGCAUAUUCAAAUGCAUCUUGUCAAAGGAGAAGACCUUGCUGUAAAAACGAAAUUCACCAUACCCUUGAAGGAGUGGUUUCGCCUGGAUAUCUCUUUUAAUGGUGGCCAGAUAGUAGUAACCACCAGCACUGGACAGGAUUUGAAAGACUACCAUAAUCAGACCAUUAGCUUCCGAGAGGAUUUCCAUUAUAAUGACACUGCUGGGUACUUCAUUAUUGGAGGGAGCAGGUAUGUGGCCGGCAUUGAAGGGUUUUUUGGACCCCUGAAGUACUAUCGCCUCCAUGCUCUGCACCCUGCACAGAUAUUCAAUCCCCUACUUGAGAAGCAACUUGCUGAACAUAUCAAGUUAUAUUAUGAAAGGUGUGCAGAGGUUCAAGAAAUAGUAUCUGUGUACACAUCCACAGUACAGCAGGGGGACAGGAGACAAGAAGCAUGCGACCUCCGGAAUUCCUACCUGGACCUGAAGCUCAGGUACGGGCGGCCCUCGACAUGCAGAGCCCUCCUCUGGGAGAAGGAGCUGAAAGCCAAGCACCGAAGCUUGUUCCAGGCCUUGCUGGAGAUGGGUUUGGUGACAGUGCUGAGGAACCAAAGUGAAUCCGUAUUAGAAAUUGGUGGGCGGAUAUUCGAGAAGGCUGUAAAGAGACUUUCCAUUGUUGAUGGUCUUCACCAAAUUAGCUCUGUCGUCCCCUUUCUGAUGGAUGCCAGCUGCUGUGGAUACCAUAAAGCAUCCUACUACCUCGCAGUCUUUUAUGAAACUGGAUUAAAUGUGCCUCGGGAUCAGCUGCAGGGCAUGUUGUAUAGUUUGGUUGGAGGCCAGGGCAGUGAGAGGCUGUCUUCGAUGAACCUUGGGUACAAACACUACCAGGGUAUUGAUCACUACCCCUUGGACUGGGAGUUGUCCUACGCCUACUACAGCAACAUUGCCACCAAGACACCCCUUGACCAGCACACGCUACAAGGAGAUCAGGCAUACGUUGAGACAAUUCGACUAAAAGAUGAUGAAAUUCUCAAGGUACAAACCAAAGAAGACGGAGACGUCUUCAUGUGGCUGAAGCAUGAAGCUACUCGAGGCAAUGCGGCAGCUCAGCAACGGUUGGCCCAGAUGCUGUUCUGGGGCCAGCAAGGCGUGGCCAAGAACCCGGAAGCGGCUGUUGAGUGGUACGCCAAGGGCGCCCUGGAGACCGAGGACCCCGCGUUAAUAUACGACUAUGCCAUCGUGUUAUUUAAGGGUCAAGGAGUAAAAAAGAACAGACGGCUUGCCUUAGAGCUGAUGAAGAAAGCAGCUUCCAAGGGAUUGCAUCAGGCAGUCAAUGGCCUGGGAUGGUAUUACCACAAAUUCAAGAAAAAUUAUGCCAAAGCGGCUAAGUACUGGUUAAAAGCAGAAGAAAUGGGGAACCCAGAUGCAUCAUACAAUCUUGGAGUCCUGUACUUGGAUGGCAUUUUCCCAGGAGUUCCUGGAAGGAAUCAAACGUUAGCUGGUGAAUAUUUCCAUAAGGCUGCACAAGGCGGACACAUAGAAGGAACCUUGUGGUGUUCUCUCUACUAUAUCACAGGCAACCUGGAGACAUUCCCUCGAGAUCCCGAGAAGGCUGUUGUAUGGACAAAGCAUGUAGCCGAGAAAAAUGGCUACUUGGGCCACGUCAUUCGCAAAGGCCUCAACGCCUACCUGGAGGGCUCGUGGCACGAAGCUUUGCUGUAUUAUGUUUUAGCAGCAGAAACUGGAAUUGAAGUGUCACAGACAAAUUUAGCUCACAUCUGUGAGGAGAGGCCAGACCUGGCCAAGAGGUACUUGGAUGUUAAUUGUGUUUGGAGAUACUAUAAUUUCUCUGUUUUUCAAAUCGAUGCUCCUUCAUUUGCGUAUUUGAAAAUGGGAGACCUUUACUACUAUGGUCACCAAAACCAAUCACAAGACCUUGAGUUGUCCGUGCAGAUGUAUGCCCAAGCAGCGCUGGAUGGAGACUCACAGGGAUUUUUUAACCUGGCCCUGCUAAUUGAGGAAGGUGCUAUAAUCCCACAUCAUAUUUUGGAUUUCUUGGAAAUUGACCCGACUAUCCAUUCUAAUAACAUCUCCAUCCUCCAAGAACUGUACGAAAGCCAGUGGUUCCCAUCCGACACCAGCCCGGGCUCCCCGAGACCCUACUGCCCCUGCUGCAAGUCCAGCUGUGACUCCAGCUGCAGGCGCCUCUGCUCAGGACCAGCCCACUGUCACCAGCAACCCGGAGCCACGUGGGUGAACUGUGCACUCCAUGUCUCUCCAGAUGAGAGAGAAUCCUUUCAACAGCUGGUAUUGGAUAGCUGGGGCUGGGGCAUUAUACACCUUAAAUGUCUUGUCAACUGGAUGUGAAUUUUGCACUUGGUGUCUUUUUUUUUUUUAAAUCAAAGAAAUACCCAGAGCAGACAGUGGUUAUACCAAAGGUUAUCAAACAAAUACAAGGAGCAUCCUGAUCACAGGGACAUGUCGGGGAGGUUAAGCGGGUCACUGCGGAUGUCCAUUUCUAAUGACUGUGUGUAUGGGGGAGUCAGAGUGUGCCUUGUGGCGUAUCCGAAUCCUUAUACACUGAGAUGGACUUUAAGAAUCUUAGCCCCUUGUUCAUUCCCUAUUAUUAAAAAACAGAAGAUUGUGACUUCUCUACCAGUUAGAUAAUAUUUGGUGUGUGUGUUUGCCACUGCCCUACCCCUCGCAGUCCCAUGGACAGAUUUCCAUGUGACAUCCAAGACCCAGCAAUUCUAAGGCACCUUGAAAUAAUGGGUUAAGGCUGGAAAUACAGGGAAGGCGAUGGCUUUGUAAAUUGGGUUUACAUUUUUCUUCUUGAAUUUUUCUAGGGCUGUAGUGCUUCCGAAUCAUUUAAUGACACUGUUGGAUAUCGUUUACCUUUCAAUUGCAAUCCAUGAAAUAACAUUUAGAAAAUUCUUAGUAUUUAGGUCUAGUCUUUUCCAUGAAUUGCCCAUUAGAAUAGACUGGCAGCAGUGGAAUACGCAGGAAACAAGCCUUUAGCUCAUAGUCUCAUUCCCCGCCCUUUAUGCCUGCCUGCGUCUGCAUAGGGGCGUGUGUGUGUGUGUGUGUGUGUGUGUGUGUGUGUGGGUGUGUGUGUGUGUCGGGGGGGGGAUGGAUAGAGAGGGAGGAAGGGGAAGAGCAGACUGUCUACGCUGUACGCUGCUAAGGUAGUAAAUAAAUUGCAAUAC